AUGAGUGGUCCAGGUGUCGGCUUCGAGUAUCCAUCAGUGCCCGUUUCGUGGUACAAGCGAGACGUCUUGCUAUUCGCAAACGCCAUUGGCUGUGAUGCCAAAGACGAGCUUCAUUUCCUAUAUGAGUUCAACCCAAAGUUCAGCACCUUCCCUACUUACUCAAUCAUCUUGCCAUUCAAAGGAACCUCUGCGGAAAUCAUCGACUUUUACGCUUCUCAGAACUCCAAGCGUGCCGCCAUCCCAGAUGUACCAAAGUUUGACAGUCGCAAGGUGGUUCAUGGAGAGCAAUCCAUUACUUUCCUCAAGCCUCUGCCACCAACCAGUGAAGGCCGCGACUUUGAGAUGAGAGCAAAGGUUCUCGGAGUGUAUGACAAGGGCAAGCCCGGCUCGGUAGUCGAAACCGAGAACUUGAUUGUAGACAAGGCCACUGGAGAGGUGUAUAGCAGAGCAGUCGGCAUGUCCUUCUUUGUUGGCCAAGGAGGUUGGAAUGGACCCAAGGUAAACUACCCUCCUCCUGAGGGCAAGAAGCCAGAUGCAGAAUACGUGUUCCAGACAAAUGCAGAGUCGGCACAUUUGUAUAGACUUUGUGGUGACUACAAUCCUCUGCAUGCUACUCCAGAGCCUGGCCAACAGAUGGGCUUCGCUCACGGACUCUUGAAGCUUCUUGGAAGCUCGGACCCAACCAACAUCAAAGAGUUUGCUGCACGAUUUGCAAGUCCCGUCAAAGCGGGUGACACACUCGUCACACAAAUCUGGCGUAUGGGUAAUGUCGAUCAAGAGGGCUGGGAGGAGGUGAGAUUUGUGACCAGCGUAAAAGGCGGCAAAGUAUGCUUGAGCAAUGGUCGAGCAAAGAUGAAGAUUACAGGACAGAAGAGCAAGCUGUAG